GUCGACACAAACUGCCCAGUGCGCUGCAGUGUUGGCUCAGGUUUACAAUCCGAGUCCUUCAGGUGUGCUUCGUCUUGUACUCUACGGAUCCUGAUAUGCAAUCUCUGGAAGCCGCCUACCAGGCUCUUGCCUGCUCCCUGGAGGCGCCUGGCCUGCGGCUCCUGGCGGUGUCCACGGCGGUGGGUGUCGGGGGGCUGCUGGUGGGGUACCUGGCCUGCCGCAGGAGAGCGAGGACCCUGCCAGUGGGGGAGGGCUGGUGGGGGGCUGGGGACAGGCCGGCUGUGGAGGACCAGGAGAUUCGGCCUUUCGUCAUUACGACUUCGGACACAGAAAUCGAGGAUCUUCACAGGCGUAUUGAUCAGAUGAGGUUCAGUGUGCCCCUGGAGAACAGCUGCUUCCAUUAUGGCUUCAAUCUCACUUACCUGCAGAAGGUGGUUUCUUACUGGAGGAACCAGUUUGACUGGAAAAAGCAAAUAAAAGUCCUCAACAAAUACCCCCACUUCAAAACCAGAAUCGAAGGUAAGACUCUGGUGAGCCAUACUGCUGAGGCAAAUGAAGUUUUAUUAGUACCCCUGAUGCUGGUCCACGGCUGGCCAGGCUCCUUCUACGAGUUCUACAGGGUCCUGCCCCUGCUCACACAGCCCCGGGACGGCCUGGUCUUCGAGGUCAUCUGCCCGUCCAUCCCUGGCUAUGGCUACUCCCAAGCCCCCCACAAGCAGGGCUUUGACUCGCUGGCUGCAGCCCGGGUCUUCCUCAAGCUCAUGGAGCGGCUGGGCUUCACUGACUUCUACCUGCAGGGGGGGGACUGGGGGUCCCUGAUCACCACCAACAUGGCCCAGAUGAAGCCUGAGUGCGUGAAGGGGCUCCACCUCAACAUGUUCUCGGUGACGCGGGGGGGGCUGGGGAUGCUCCUUUCCCUGCUGGUGGGGCCCUACCUGCCAUUCCUGGUGGGGCUCACCCGAGAGGACGUCAGGCGGCUCUUCCCCUACAUGGAGAGGAAUGUGUAUGAGAUCCUGAGGGAGUCAGGGUACCUGCACAUCCAGGCCACCAAGCCGGACAGCGCAGGCUGUGGGCUGAAUGACUCCCCUGUGGGCCUGGCUGCCUACAUCCUGGAGAAGUUCUCCACCUGGACAGACUUCCAGCACAGAGGCCUGGAGGACGGGGGGCUGGAGAGGAAGUUUUCCCUCGAUGAUCUCUUGACGAAUGUCAUGUUGUAUUGGACCACAGGCUCCAUUGUGCCUUCGAUGCGGUUUUACAAAGAGAACCUGAAGGAGAACAUUCACAAGAGGGUGGAUGCCAGGGUGGGCGUGUACGUUCCCACCGGCCUGGCGGCCUUUCCCCACGAGCUCCUGCACUGCCCGCGGUCCUGGGCAAGGUGGCGCUACAAGAACAUCGUCUCCUACUCCUACAUGCCCCGGGGGGGGCACUUCGCCGCCUUCGAGGAGCCAGAGCUGCUUACCGACGACUUCCGCGAGUUCGCAAAGAAAGUGGAGAAAAUUGAAAAAAAUUAAGAGGAGGAUCCUGCUGGCCUGGUCCUGGAGCACUGCUGCAUGUUCUGAUUUUGAGAUCUGUUACUUAGUGACCACUAAUUGGCUUUGUUAGUUCAGAUCAAUGAGAUUGUAUGAGGCAUCUAAACCUGAUAGACUGGGUUCUCCACAAUGGGCUUGUGAUACUGCUGAAGGGGAUUCUAAAUUAGCACUAAUUGUGAAAGGUGACAUGAUGUUUAGAUUAAGAGUUUAACACAAUCUGACAACACGCUACACUGCAGCUCUUCAGAAAGGCACUUUACAGCAGAUUUAAUCUAAACUUUAGAGAAGGCCCAUGGAAAAACCAUCAGGUCUACUCCUUCUCCACAAUAAAAAGCUUCCAACAGCAA